CCAAAUCCCAUACAACAACCAUAACGUCAACAUGACAAGUAACAAUAUUCUCAUCGGCGAUUCCCUCCCCGCCGCCGUCGACCCAAUCAGCGGCUUCUGCCAAUCCAACGCCGUCUUCUACAGCCGGCGCGACCCCUCCCCGCUCCCUCCGGCGGACUUCCUCGACGUCGCCACCUUCAUCGCCGCCCACGCCCACGACGGCGGAAGAACAGCCCUCAUCGACGCCGCCACGGGGACCCACCUCACUUACAGCCAGCUCUGGCGCGCCGUCGGCUCGGUCUCGGCUCGGCUCUCCGAGCUGGGGCUCCGGAAGGGACACGUGGUCCUCCUCCUCUCCCCGAACUCCAUCCUCUUCCCCGUCGUCGCCCUCUCCGUCAUCUCCCUCGGCGCCGUCAUAACGACCGUCAACCCCGUCAACACCCCCGGCGAAAUCGCCAAACAGAUCGCCAGCUCCAAGCCCGCCCUCGCCUUCACCACUCACGAACUCCUCGGGAAACUCGCGGACGCUUUUAGCUCCGUCAGCUCCCCCGUUGACGUCGUCCUCAUGGACGACUACGGCCGUCACCGUUACCCGUCCAACGUGAAAAUUGUCACCACGUUGACCAAAAUGAUCACGUGUCCACCUGGCAAUAGUAAUAACAUUUGUACGGAUCGGGUCAGUCAAAACGACGUGGCGACGCUGCUGUACUCCUCAGGGACCACAGGGACCAGCAAGGGCGUUUUGUCCUCCCACCGAAGCCUCAUCGCCGUGGUGCAGAACAUUGUCAGACGACACCGUAUCGCGGCCGCGGAGCGCCGCGUCGUCGAAGGCGGGAAGGCUUCUCCCGCCACAUUCUUGUGCACGCUCCCUAUGUUCCACAUCUACGGCCUCACGAUGUUCUCUUUGGGCCUGCUCGCGGCCGGGGCCACCGUGGUGGUCCUUUCGAGCUACUCGAUGGACGAUAUGUUGUCGUCCAUCGAGAAAUUUGGAGUGACGGAUUUGCCACUUGUCCCACCGGUUCUCGUAUCUAUGAUUAAGGACGCGGAUCGGAUCCAUGGGAAGUACGAAUUGGGCACGUUACAGCGCGUGCUGUGUGGCGCGUCGCCUUUGAGCAAGGAGGUGGCGGAGGAGUUUUCGGCGAGGUACCCUGGGGUGACGGUGAGCCAGGCGUAUGGGCUGACGGAGUCGCCGUGGGUGGCGUCGAUGGACACGGCGGAGGAGGUGCGGCGGCAGCCAGGGGCGGUGGGGAAGUUGCUGCCGAACAUGGAGGCAAGGAUUGUGUCGCCGGAGAGCGGUGAGGGUUUGGGAGUCAACCGGGCUGGUGAGCUUUGGCUUAAGGGGCCAUAUGUCAUGAAAGGCUACCUUAACAAUCCGGAAGCAACUGCACUGACUUUUGAUGUAAAAGGAUGGUUGAAGACCGGAGAUAUUUGCUACAUCGAUGAACAUGGCUUCCUUUACGUGGUCGAUCGAUUGAAAGAACUCAUCAAAUACAAAGGAUAUCAGGUAGCACCAGCAGAACUAGAAGCAGUGCUGCUCACUCAUCCACAAAUCGCAGAUGCCGCUGUCAUUCCUGUUCCGCACAAGGAAGUAGGGCAAUACCCAAUGGCAUAUGUGGUCAGAAAAGCUGGCAGUAACUUAUCACGCACUGACAUAAUGGCCUUUGUCGCCAAAGAGGUUGCUCCGUACAAGAAAAUCAGAGACGUGGAGUUCAUAUCAGCAAUACCCAAAAACCCAUCUGGCAAAAUCCUGAGGAGAAAUCUCAUCAAGCUCCAAUCGACCACCAGCACCCCCUCCUCCAAGCUCUGAAUUGCAAUUGCACUCAUGGUCGUCAACAACAUACCAGAUUAUUUUUGGACUAAUAGUUAUCACUAAA